CUUUACAGUAAAAAGAAACUGGAACUCAGAAAACUGAAAAAGUAACAGAAAGCACUGCUGCAGUCCGGACAAGUCUCUCUCUCUCUCUCUCUCUCUCUCUCUCUCUCAACAAACAACUUCAGGUGGACAGUACAACAGAGCCUCUGAGUACAACAAGUGAACAUGGCAACAGCCAGCAGUCUCCUCUCUGAAGAUCGGUUUCUGUGCUUCAUCUGUCUGGAUGUGUUCACUGAUCCAGUCACCAUACCAUGUGGACACAACUUCUGCAAGAAUUGCAUCACAGAACACUUGAACGUUAAUGUCCAGAGACAGUGUCCCAUGUGUAAAGAACUUUUUGACAGAAGACCUGAACUUCGGAUCAACACUUUUAUAUCUGAGAUGGCUGCUCAGUUCAGGCAGUCAGUUCAAAAGAAGACCUGCAGCAGUUCAGAGGAGCAACAUGCCAACACAGGAGAAGUUCUCUGUGACGUCUGCACUGGAACCAAAGUGAAGGCCUUGAAAUCCUGUCUGGUGUGCCUGGUCUCCUACUGUGAGGCUCAUCUGGAGCUUCACCAGAAAGUCACAGUUAUGACGAGACAUAAGCUGACUGAUCCUGUGGAGAACCUGGAAAGCAGAAUGUGUAAGAGGCAUGAUAGACCUCUGGAGCUGUUCUGUAAGACUGACCAGAUGUGUGUGUGUCAGUUCUGCACCGAGUCAAGUCACAAGCUUCAUCUUAUUGUUCCUCUGUUAGAAGAAUAUAAAGGAAAGAAAGCUGAGCUGGGAAAGACAGAGGCCGAAGUUCAGCAGAUGAUCCAGGAGAGACAACUGAAGAUUCAGGAGCUCAAACGGUCAGUGAAGCUCAGCAAGGAAGAUGCCGACAAAGAGACAGCAGCCAGUUUACAGGUCUUCACUUCUCUGAUAAAGUCUGUUGAGAGAAGUCUGGCUGAGCUCAUUGACGUAAUUACAGAGAAGCACCAAACAACAGAGAAACAGACUGAAGGCUUCAUCAAAGAGCUGGAAGAGGAAAUCUCUGAGUUGAAGAAGAGAAGCUCAGAGCUGGAGCAGCUCUCACGUACUAAAGACCACCUACAACUCCUCCAAAGCUUCCCGUCCUUGAACCCUGCUCCGCCCACCAAAGACUGGACAGAGGUCAGAGUUCACUCAUCAUAUGAGGGGACUAUGAGGAGAGCUUUGGCUCAGCUGGAGGAGACACUCGGUAAAGAGAUGAAGAAGCUGUGUGGUGUUGUUGAGCUGAAGAGGGUUCAGCAGUUUGCAGUGGAUGUGACUUUUGAUCCUGAAACAGCCAAUCUAUAUCUUAUCCUGUCUGAUGAUGGGAAGCAAGUCAGGCUUGGUGAUAAAAAACAGAAUCUUCUAGACAACCCAAAGAGACUAUCUUGUAAUUCUGUCUUAGGAAAGCAAUUUUUUUCUUUAGGAAGAUUUUACUAUGAAGUUCAAGUCAAAGGGAAGACUGCCUGGGCUUUAGGAGUGGCCAGAGAGACAAUCAACAGGAAGAGCAUCUUAUCAUUGUGCCCUAUGAAUGGCUUCUGGACUGUGUGCUUGAGUAUUGGAGAUCAGUACAACGCUCUCACUGUCCCUUCAACCCCUCUCACUCUGAAGUCUCGGCCUCAGAAGGUGGGGGUGUUUGUGGAUUAUGAGGAGGGUCUGGUCUCCUUUUAUGACGUAGAUGCUGCAGCUCUCAUCUACUCCUUCAGUGGCUGUAACUUCACUGAGAAACUCUACCCAUAUUUUAAUUCCUGUCAUAAUGAUGCUGGUAAAAACUCAACUCCCCUAAUCAUUUGUUCUGUCAAUCACAGUGAUUAGACUAACCAUAGCAGGAAUAAUUGGCAUGUAAAUGAUGAAAUUAUUUAAUGAUGUAAAUGAUUUUUGUGUUUUUUUUAUUUGGUUUCUCAUUACUGCAGAAAUUUAACAAUUUGCCCAUUUUUGUAAGUGUUGUUUCAAUGGGUUUUCCAACCUGUAAAAAAAGAAGUCUCAAGUAAAUAUUGCAUUCCUUUAAACUGUACAUUUAUAAACCGGAAAACUCUUCAAGUGCAUUACAGAAUCCCUAAAGAGUUUGUUGUCUUCCGAGGGUUAAUGCACUGUUGGUUCUGCUCCACUUGGAGGCGCCACAGAAAUGGUCAAGAUUCUGAGUGGAGCCUGUGGGGUCUCAAUGGUACAGUCUCAGAGAGUGUCUGAGUGGAGCCUGUGGGGUCUCAAUGGUACAGUCUCAGAGAGUGUCUGAGUGGAGCCUGUGGGGUCUCAAUGGUACAGUCUCAGAGAGUGUCUGAGUGGAGCCUGUGGGGUCUCAAUGGUACAGUCUCAGAGAGUUUGGGAGUCCAUCACUUCACCUUCCAAAGAGUUUUAAAUUAUGUUUUUACUAAAUUUAGAACAAUAAAUUGUAGACAACAUUUUUCCCUAUUCCAAAUUGGAAACUCUACAUUACAUUUUAGGUAACUUAGUCUGUUUGGGGGCACAACUAAAUCUACAGUAUGGAAUUACCCAUGGGCCAAAAUUCCAAUAUAUUAUAUAACACUAUAUACUAUAAUAAUAUAUCAAUACUGAGUUUGGUUUUGUUAAUUAAUUCCAUUAUUUUACCAUUGUGUUUGAUUUGUAUUAUAUUUUCUAUAAUGUGGGGUAUUUUUGUCAUGUUUCCUUUCCAUAAUGAUAAUCUAAUUUUAGCCCACAUUGGAUUGUAUAAUAUCUAACCGAUUUCUAAUAUUGGGGGGUUCGUGU